CUUCCCUGUGCGCCUAGGAGCCAUGUCCACUUUGUUCCCUUCCCUCUUCCCUCGUGUGACUGGGACACUGUGGUUUAAUCUGGAUCGACCCUGUGUGGAGGAGACAGAGCUGCAGCAGCAGGAACAGCAGCAUCAGGCGUGGCUCCAAAGCGUCGCAGAGAAAGGCAACAAUCUGGUACCUAUCGGCAAGCCAGCCUCAGAGCACUGUGAUGAUGAGGAAGAAGGAGAUGAUGAAGACGAUAAGGACAGUGAAGAGGACUCAGAGGAUGACGAGGACAUGCAGGAUGUGGACGAGAUGAAUGACUACAACGCGUCACCUGAUGAUGGAGAGGUCAAUGAGGUGGACAUGGACGGCAACGAACAGGAUCAGGACCAGUGGAUGAUCUAGGGAGACAAGGCAGGGUGGCCUCAGGGAGAUUCCAGGCCAACCCAACCUACCUUGCACCCCCAAGCCCCAGCCUG